AUGGUCCAGACCCUCGCAUACCCCAAGAAGAAGCAGAAUACCAUCAACCGCUAUGACAGUAGAGGCACAUAUGAUCUGCGUGCAAUCCACCACAUCAUCAACUCAACACCGGUGCUUCAUGUCUCAUUCGCUCCCAACCCAGAAGACCCGUUUCCAGCCAUUCUGCCAAUGAUCGGAGUCAUGGGCUCGUUCGAGUACCCGUCCGCCGACCUGGACGAGCCACUGGACUGCUACCUGCACGGAUACGUCAGUUCGAGAAUCAUACGUCUGGCACGAAACUCCCCAAAAGGCAUUCCCGUGUGCAUUGCAGCGACCAAGGUGGACGGACUGGUACUCGCGUUAACACCAAAUUCUCACAGCUACAACUACCGUUCGGCUGUGCUGCAGGGAUAUGGCCAAGUAGUCGACACAGACCAGGAGAAACUGUACGCCAUGGAGAAGAUCACCAACAAGGUUGUCCCAGGCCGCUGGGAGAAGACUCGAAUCCCGCCCGAUAACGUCGAAAUGACAUCGACAGCCAUUCUGCGUGUCAAGAUCGAGACUGGCAGUGGCAAGGUCCGACAAGGAGGACCGCACGACGAUGCCAAAGACGAGAAUAGAGCCGACAUCACCGAAAAGGUGUGGACUGGGGUUGUUCCAGUAUAUGAGACAUUCGACAACCCUUUAUCGAGUGCAACCAAUAAGGUCGACCCCAUACCCGAGUACAUUCUGAAGUACGUCCAGAACACGACGGCAGAGAAUCGACAGCUCGCUCAUGAUGCCGUAAAGGAGCCGUGA